AGACACUUUCACCUACUUUUUUCUUGUGCUACCACAUGUAAAUAGGGAAGCAUACGUGGAUUUCUGCUGCUGUCGUUUUCCAAGUGAAAUAUAUCCGUUUCACCUUUAAAUGUUCAAGAUGAGCACGCAGCAGACGCUGAAAGUGUUCGUCACGAGACGCAUUCCGCAGGAGGGCAUGCAAAUACUCCAAAAAGCCGGGAUGUGUAAUCUGUCAGUGUGGGACUCUGAUGAGCCUGUGCCCCGGGCAGAGCUCCUUCAGGGGGUGGCAGGUGCUCAUGGGCUUAUCUGUUUACUCUCAGACAAAAUUGAUGCUGAGGUCUUGGAUGCGGCUGGACCCAAUUUGAAAGUGAUCAGCACUCUUUCUGUGGGAUUUGACCAUCUUGCCAUAGAUGAGAUAAAGAAACGAGGGAUAAGAGUAGGCUACACGCCUGAUGUUUUGACAGAUGCUACUGCUGAGCUGACAGUGGCUCUGCUCUUGGCCACAUGCCGACGUCUUCCCGAGGGUGUAGAGGAGGUGAAAAAUGGCGGCUGGAGUACAUGGAAGCCCCUGUGGCUGUGUGGUUAUGGUCUUUCGGGCAGUACUGUUGGGGUGAUUGGUUUGGGCCGCAUAGGUUUGGCCAUUGCAAGGCGACUAAAGCCUUUUGGAGUGAAGAGACUGCUGUACACAGGCAGACAACCCAAACCUCAGGCUCAAGAGAUUGAUGGGGAAUAUGUGCCUUUAGAUACUCUGGUGAGAGAGAGUGAUUUUGUGGUGGUGUCUUGUUCUUUGACUCCUGACACUCAAGGCCUUUGUGACACAACUUUCUUCGGCAAGAUGAAGAAAACGGCAAUCUUCAUCAACACCAGCAGAGGGGCGGUUGUGAAUCAAGAGGACUUGUUUGAAGCCCUCAGCAGUGGUCAGAUUGCAGCAGCGGGGCUUGAUGUUACAACCCCUGAACCUCUGCCCACCGACCACCCACUGCUGACCCUUAAAAACUGUGUGGUUCUCCCUCACAUCGGCAGUGCCACCUACUCCACACGUGGUGUCAUGAGUGAACUGACGGCAAACAACUUGCUGGCAGGCCUGACCGGCUCUGAAAUGCCCACUGAGUUGAAACUGUAGUGCUCUGGAAUGCAGAUGUCAUUAUAUGAAUGGAAAUUCAGUAGCAUACAUCCAUCCAAUAAAUCCACUGCAUUAACUAGAUGAGAAUAGAAGGGAUAAAAAUUAAUCUCGCUUGGUAAAUCUUGAUCAUGACAAUUUAAUAUGUUAAAGAUGCACAUUUGUUCUACUGUGAUAUCGCACAUUCAAAUGCCCUUUUACACUAAAAGCUGAAGUAGAAUGAAUGUAAUAGGUAUUUAAUUUGUAACAAUAAAGGAUUUAUUGAAA